GAGGGAGGAGGGAGAAAGCCGAGUGGAGAGGAGACGCUCUCAGAUCAGUCAGUGGCUUCAUGGAGUUAUGUACCUCUGAUCCGCCGCCAUGGAUUGCCAUCCGCGAUCACUCCUUCUCAUUUUACCUCUUUUGUUGUCCUGCGUUGUUCCUGCGUUUCCCGUCAUCUACCCCCCGAAUGAAGUCAACCUCUUAGACUCUAAAGCAAGCCAAGGGGAGUUGGGAUGGAUUUCCUACCCGUCGCAUGGGUGGAGGGAAAAUUGGGAGGAGAUCAGUGGGGUGGAUGAGCACUACACUCCCAUCCGGACCUUCCAGGUCUGCAACGUGAUGGAGUACAGCCAGAACAACUGGCUGCGCACCAACUGGAUCUCUCGCCAGUCGGCCCAGAAGAUAUACGUGGAGCUGAAGUUCACCCUGAGGGACUGCAACUCCAUCCCGCUGGUCUUGGGCACCUGCAAAGAGACCUUCAACCUCCUCUACCAGGAGACAGACGACGACCAGGGGAGUCACUUCAGAGAACACCUGUUCACUAAGAUAGACACCAUCGCCGCUGACGAAAGCUUCACCCAAAUGGACCUCGGGGAUCGCAUUCUCAAGCUUAACACCGAGGUGCGCGAGGUGGGUCCCAUGACCAAGAAGGGCUUCUACCUGGCGUUCCAGGACGUGGGCGCCUGCGUGGCUUUGGUUUCAGUGAGGGUUUACUUCAAGAAGUGCCCCCACACGGUGAGGAAUCUGGCCUCGUUCCCCGACACGGUGCCCAUGGACUCCCAGUCGCUGGUGGAGGUCAAAGGCUCAUGCGUCAAUCACUCCAAAGAGGAGGAGGGCGCCCGCGAAUGUACCUGCAGCACGGAGGGGGAAGUGGCUCGUACCUAUCCGGAAAGUGCCCUGGUGUAA